CCUCGGGGUCGCCUCCCCCUCCUGGCAGCUAGGGGGCAGAAAAGGAUGCUGCCGCGGCUUCCCACGGCGCCCCAGCGCUCCAGGUCCCUCAGCACAACAUGGGGGUGCGGUCCCUGCUGCUCUGCGGGGUGUCUAUCGCGUUUCCACUUCUUGUGACAGCAGAUGCAUGCAAAGAUGAAAAUGUGCAAAAUGAAACCGUUGCAGAGGACCAGCCUUUUGCUUUCAAUUGCACACUCUUUCCAACAACGAAUGGGGUAGUAAAUGUGACGUGGCAUAAAACUUCUAGCAAGAUUGCACUCUCCAAAGACAUACAGUUGAGAAUUCAUCAGGAACAUACCUGGAUUUUGUUUCUUCCUUUGGCACAGGAGGACUCGGGAAUCUACCAUUGUGUUAUAAAGAACACUGAUGGUUGUUACAGAAUACCUCUAAACCUAACUGUGUUUAAAAAACAUUGGUGUGACCCCUCCAGAAGAAGCCCUGCAAACUUAUCAGAUGAUUAUAUACAAAUAUUACCCACUGGAAAAUCCGGCAGCCUGACAUGCCACAUGCACUUCCCAAAGAGCUGUGUUUUGGAUUCUGUAAAGUGGUAUAAGGGUUGUGAAGAGAUUAAAGCAGGGAAGCAGUUUGCUCCUUCAAGAAUGAGGCUUCUUGUGUACCACACCUCUGCUGAGGAUGGUGGGAGCUAUGCAUGCACAGCCAGACUGACACAUGCGGGGAGAACGUACCUUGUUAGAAACAGCAUUAUUGUGAGCACCACAGGAGUGGGAAGUGGAAGACGAAUCCCCAACAUCACUUAUCCAAGGAAUAAUUCCAUUGAAGUACGACUCGGCUCCAUCCUCACUGUGGAUUGCAAUAUCACAGACGUGAAGGAGAACACAAACCGCCGGUGCUGGAGAGUGAACAACACCCUGGUAAAUGACAACUACAGCAGCUCCAAGCGCAUCAGAGAAGGCAUCGAAUCCAAUGUUUCUUACACAGAUCACAUUUUUUAUACGGUGAACAUAACCUUCUUAGAAGUGAAAAUGGAAGACUAUGGCCAUCCUUUCACAUGUCAUGCUGGAAUGUCUUCAGCCUACAUCAUACUCAGACUCCCAGCUCCAGAUUUUGAAGCUUACUUGAUAGGGGGGCUUGUCACUUUGGUCGUCUUGGUUGUACUCGUUCUGUGCAUUUACCACAACUUUAAGAUUGACAUUGUACUGUGGUACCGGCGUGCCUUCCUGUCUACGAGGGCUAUAGAAGAUGGGAAGCUGUAUGAUGCCUAUGUCUUAUACCCCAAGUGUCCACAAGAAAGCCAGGGACAUGACGUGGACACACUGGUACUGAAGCUCCUACCUGAGGUGCUGGAGAAACAGUGUGGAUAUAAGUUAUUUAUAUUUGGCAGGGACGAAUUCCCUGGACAAGCUGUUGCCAAUGUCAUUGACGAAAGUGUGAAGCUUUGUAGAAGGCUGAUUGUCACUGUUGUCCCUGCAUACCCCAGUUUUGGCCUGCUUAACAUGUCAGCAGAACAAAUUGCCAUCUACAAUGCCCUAAUCCAGGAUGGCAUGAAGGUCAUCCUGAUUGAACUGGGGAAAGUCGAAGACUAUGGCACCCUGCCCGAGUCCAUUCAGUACAUCAGACAGAAGCAUGGGGCCAUCCAGUGGAGAGGGGACUUCACAGAGCAGUCACAGUGUGCCAAGAGCAAGUUUUGGAAAAAAGUGAGAUACUGUAUGCCACCCAGAAGGUAUUCACCAUCUUCUUCAGUCCAGCUGCAAGAACACACACCCUGUGAUGGCACAGCUGGCGAGUGAGAUACUGGCAUGGGGGCUCAUCACCCACGGAUGGAGAGUUGCCAUCAUGGGGAGGAUCACAGCUGGAUGUGGAUGGAUUUGCCCCUGAAGCUUGCCAUUUGUGCUUGUGACAGAGCUUAAAUUCAUGUUUUAUUGUUGUUGUUUUGCUCAGAGCUGCUUCUUUAGGCAAAGUGCAUCUUGCAUGUUAACUCCAUGGCUCCUGAACAUUCACAACCUCUCUUCAGAUGGGGAAGCUAUAGCAUCAUGGACCUGUGGGAGUAACAUGCAGAGGACUGUAGAGAUGGCAGUUCAGGCAUCAGAACCUUUGAAAGCUUGAUAUGGGAACUUGGGCAGUAGGACAUGCCAGGACGGUAUCCUAUGGCUUGGGAAAGGUUGGUAAGGAGGAUAACACAGAGUUUGUACCUGUCCAGUGUCGACAGGACUCUGGAUCACAGGCUAUUAAUACUUGCUGGGUCUGAGUCCACCUUACUCUCCACUGUAGAUAGAGAGCUGUAACCACAACCUUAAUAUAAUGCUCCUGAAAGCCAUUUAGAGGCCACCUGGACCUGUGGGCUCCAAUCUUUGAUGAGCUUUUCUUCGUUAAACCAAAUUAAGAAUUUUCUACUUUUCCUUUUAGACGCCGGUGUCCACCAGAAUGCUGAAGCACAUUUGUGAGACAGUCACCACUGGGGUGGUGUCAUUUGAUUUCAAGUACAUCUGUAUGAACUUUAUUUUCCUUUAUUUAUUUCAGAGAGAGAAAGAGAGGAAGAUGGGGCAGGGGAGAGAGAGAUAAUGGGCAUGCCAGGCUUCCAGCCACUGCAAAUGAACUCCAGAUGCAUGUGACACCUUGUGCAUCUGGUUUACAUGGUCCCUGGCGAAUCAAACUGAGGUCUUUUGACUUUUCAGGCAAGUGCCUUAAACACUAAGCCAUCUCUCCAGCCCUGCAUAAACUUUUGAUUAGUGAUAAUACCCUCAUCAUAGGUCAGUUUGUGAUUUUAUUCUAAAAAUUUCCUGUUAACCUCUGUCACUACUACCCAAGGCAUUACCUUGAGGAAAACAGUUAUAGCCAUAUAUGUUAAGCUGAGGUUGACACACAGUUCUAAGAAAUGAUCUACACAGCAGUAAGGAAAAAUGACACAAUGAAAGUUGAAGAAAAAUGGUUGAACCUGGAACAGAUCAUUCUCAGUGAACUCACCCAAUCACAGAAAGAUAAUCAUUGCAUAGUUUCAUUCAUCUGUGGCUCCUAACCUCAAUCUGCCUGAGAUGCUGAUAUACCUAAUAAACAUAUUGAGGGCCAGACAAUAGGGAGGGUGGGACAGGAGGAGAGGGUAAGAAUGGGGGUAGGGAAUACAAAACUGGACCCACAUGGUAAUGGUACCAUAAAAUUCUACAUCAUAAAAGACAGACAUAAAAGACAGGUCUUUAGAAGGAACACCUGAAUCA